AUGCAAAUGAAUCGGAAAGGAGUUCCAGCUGAAAUGAAAGAUUUCAAGAACAGGGAGAACUUAUCAUCUGAAGUAUAUUGGCAGAAAGAUGGUCCACUAUCUUUAUCAUCAUAUGUUGUCAAUACAGCAACCGGGAAGAAGAAUGUGCUGAUGUUAUCGACACUCAAGCAAAUCCUUGGUACAACCAAAGACGACAGUCAUAACAAGUUGACAUUGUACAAACUGUAUGAUUUUACGAAAGGUGGUACUGACAUUGUUCAUCAACGGAUGGCAUUUCACACAAGCAAAACCAAGUCACGAAGAUGGACCAUGGUGGCGUUAGCCUACAUGAUUGAUACGGCUCGUGUAAAUUCAUCCACAAUUUAUGCCUUGAAUAAGAAUGUUGAUCCUGUCAAACAAAAGUCUUUUGAGCAUGGAUUUGAAUUCGUUAUGCAAUUGGUCAAACCUCAUAUUGCAAGACGAAACCAAACCUGUUUGCCUAUGGUUGUCAAACAAAAGAUUGGGCUAAUAAUCGGUGACAAUUGCCAAAAUGAUCAAUCCGACGCAGAUGAUGGCCCAGCAUUUGGAGAGAGUAGAAGGAGGUGCACUCUGUCAAAAAGCAGCAGCUGGAAAGGGUAA